AUGGUUUUUGAGAAUCUUAGCUUCACAGUACGUUCAGGCAAGACUUUUGCAUUUGUCGGUCCAAGUGGUUCAGGGAAAAGCACAAUCAUAUCAAUGGUUCAACGUUUCUAUGAGCCCAAGUCAGGGGAGAUUCUCUUGGAUGGGAAUGACAUUAAGAGCCUGAAACUGAAAUGGUUGAGAGAACAGAUGGGACUAGUGAGUCAAGAACCUGCAUUAUUCGCCACAACCAUAGCUUCCAACAUUCUUCUUGGUAAAGAGAAUGCGAAUAUGGAUCAGGUCAUAGAAGCUGCUAAAGCAGCCAAUGCAGAUUCUUUCAUUAAAUCAUUACCAAAUGGUUACAAUACUCAGGUUGGAGAAGGAGGAACUCAGCUCUCUGGAGGACAGAAACAGAGGAUUGCGAUUGCUCGGGCGGUUCUAAGAAAUCCAAAGAUAUUACUCUUAGAUGAAGCAACGAGCGCUCUUGACUCCGAAUCAGAGAAGGUUGUUCAGAAAGCACUUGAAAAUAUCAUGGAACAAAGAACAACAAUCGUCGUUGCACACAGAUUAACCACCAUCCGAAACGUUGACAAGAUUGUUGUGUUGAGAAAUGGCCAGGUUAUGGAAACCGGUAGCCACUCAGAACUGAUAUCUAGAGGAGGAGAUUACGCAAAUCUUGUGAAUUGCCAAGAGACAGAACCUCAAGAAAACCCUAGAUCAAUUAUGGCGGAAACUUGUAAAUCUUCUAAUUCAAGAAGAGUUUCAAGCUCAAGGAGAACUUCAAGCUUCAGGGAAGAACAAGAGAUCAGGACAGAAGAUGAUUCAAAUGAGGAAGGUGUAAGCUCAUCUUCAAUGAUAUGGGAACUUAUAAAGCUGAAUGCUCCAGAGUGGCCAUAUGCAUUACUUGGCUCAAUUGGUGCAAUUCUUGCUGGUGCACAAACUCCACUAUUCUCCAUGGGGAUUACUUUUGUGUUAACCGCAUUUUAUUCUCCUACUCCUAACUUGAUAAAGCGUGAUGUCGAAAAGGUAGCCACUGUCUUUGUAGGAAUUGCAAUUGUAACAGCUCCUAUAUAUCUCCUCCAACAUUACUUCUAUACACUUAUGGGAGAGCGUCUUACUUCCCGGGUUCGCUUAUCCUUGUUCUCAGCAAUUCUUUCGAAUGAGAUUGGGUGGUUUGAUUUUGAAGAGAACAACACUGGCUCGCUCACUUCAAUCUUGGCUGCUGAUGCAACUUUGGUGAGGAGUGCUUUAGCGGAUCGUUUCUCCACAAUAGUCCAAAACUUGUCUCUUACCAUCACAGCAUUAGCACUUGCCUUUUUCUACAGUUGGCGUGUCGCAGCCGUUGUAACUGCUUGUUUUCCUCUUCUCAUUGCCGCUUCACUAACCGAGCAACUGUUUCUCAAAGGCUUUGGAGGAGAUUACACAAAGGCUUACUCUAGAGCAACGUCAGUAGCACGUGAAUCUAUUGCGAAUAUAAGAACUGUCGCUUCGUUUGGUGCUGAAAAGCAAAUCUCGGAACAGUUUUCUUGUGAGCUAAGCAAACCCACCAAGAAUGCCUUUCUCAGAGGCCAUAUCUCUGGAUUUGGAUACGGUUUGUCUCAGUUUCUCGCGUCCUGUUCCUACGCUCUUGGUCUCUGGUAUAUCUCGGUUUUGAUUAAGCAAAAGGAGACGAAUUUCGCGAAUAGUAUCAAAUCUUUCAUGGUGUUAAUCGUCACGGCUUUCUCGGUAGCGGAAACGCUUGCUUUAACCCCAGAUAUCGUGAAGGGCACGCAAGCACUCAGUUCAGUUUUUAGGGUUUUAAACAGAGAAACUGAGAUACCUCCGGAUCAGCCUAACUCAAGACUAGUCACUCAGAUCAAAGGAGAUAUAGAGUUCAAACACGUAAGCUUUGCGUAUCCUGCAAGACCCGACAUCGCCAUUUUCCAAAACCUAAACCUCCGAGUUUCACCCGGGAAAAGUCUUGCGGUCGUGGCACCUAGUGGUUCGGGAAAGAGCACGGUGAUCGGACUGAUUAUGAGAUUCUACGAUACAGAAAACGGUACUCUCUGCAUCGAUGGGCAGGAUAUAAAAACCCUAAACCUACGUAGCUUGCGCAAGAAGCUAGCGUUAGUACAGCAAGAACCAGCUCUGUUUUCAACAACCAUACACGAGAACAUCAAGUACGGGAACGAGAACGCGUCGGAGGCAGAGAUCAUCGAGGCUGCCAAAGCAGCGAACGCGCACGAUUUCAUAAGCAAGAUGGACGAAGGUUACAAGACGCACGUAGGUGAUAAGGGCGUGCAGUUAUCAGGUGGUCAGAAACAGAGAGUGGCUAUCGCUAGGGCGGUUCUGAAAGAUCCUUCAGUGCUUCUCCUUGAUGAAGCAACGAGUGCUUUGGACACGAGCUCGGAGAAACUGGUCCAAGAGGCGCUAGACAAGCUGAUGAAGGGACGAACAACUGUGUUGGUGGCUCAUAGGCUCUCGACCAUAAGAAAAGCAGACACCAUCGCUGUCUUGCACAAAGGAAGAGUUGUGGAAAAAGGAAGUCAUAGAGAGCUUGUCUCCAAACCUGAUGGCUUUUAUAAACAGUUGACAAGUCUUCAACAAGUGGUCUGA